AUGGGAAUUAUGCCGUUGGUAAACUUACAAGAGUACUGGUCAAGGAAUAAUGUUAGCUACAUUUCUUUUCAUUCAAACACAUUCACGAGAGACAGAUUCAGUCAGAUUUUUUGGAUGCUUCAUUUGAUUCAAACAUGAAUCGAUGAAACAAUUUCGGUACAACAUAUAAAUCCAAGAACAAAUUUGCAGCUAGUAAGUUGCUUCCUCGAUUACAUAAAUUCAAAAUUUUUGAAUUAUUUUAUAUUGGGAGAACAGAUUUGUGUGGAUGAAUCUAUUAUCAAAUUCAAAGGUCGGAUCAUUUAUUGCCUAUAAACCAAAGAAACCAACUAAAUGGGAUAGAGUUUACACGAUGGCAGAUUCAAAUAUUGACUGUUUGUGGUAUUCUGCCCUAUUAUGGAACUUUCACAACAGAGAAUUGUUAAGACCUGAUCUUCCGGUAUCAACCAGAAUUUCAUUACACCUUUACAAAAUGUUAGAUAAAAUUCCUGGACACCAUAUGUUCAUGGAUCGAAUUACCCAAUCUGAAAUGCCAUUUAACUGGAACGAUCCUAACAAAUGGCAAAUAAUUGCCAAAUAUAAUAAAUCUAAUAAAUCUAAUAAAAAACUAAAAUUCAACAAGAAAUUCACGAUAGCAUAUCGCAAAGAUAAUACUUUAGUUCUGGCAUGGAAAGACAAAAGAAUCGUCACAUCUUCUUUGACCACUUGGGAUAAUGCGGGAAAACCCAAUGUUAUCAUAAACUACAUAAAAUAUAUGGGCGGCGUUAAUCAAGGGGAUCAGUAUGCCUCGACUAUAUGUUUAAUUAAUUCUUAUAUUCUAUAUAAAUCAGAGAAACGAACGCUUAGUCAUCUGCAGUAUAUAAAAACUUUAGUUGAACAAUUUAGAGGAGAUUUUCACCAGGCUCGUGAUCGAGCUUCUACCUUCAGUUUCGAUGAAGUCCGUUCAAAUGGAAAGUUGCAUGUUAUUUUAACGGGAAUUAAGAAGGGCUGCAAGAUUUGCUCUCAACGAAAUAAACCAGGCAAAAAACAUCAAACAACAUUUUACUGCGAUUUUACUUGUUCUGACAAACCGAGAAUGCAUCUUGGCGAUUCUUUUAUAAAAUAUCAUACAAAGCAACAAUACAGAGCAUAA